AAAGUCUAAGCCACAUCAGGCAGCCGCCGAAACAGCUUGCGGUGUGGACGCCGUCUUGCCACGUAACACCGAAGGGAGUAGACGUAUGGUUUUUGACGUUUCUAUGUUGUUUGUCUAAAGCCGCGUCGAAGAUGCCUCUAAAGUUAGACGUCAAGAGAAAGCUUUUGGCUAGGUCUGAUCGCGUCAAAUGCGUCGACCUGCACCCAACCGAGCCAUGGAUGCUGGCAAGCCUCUACAACGGUAAUGUUCAUGUCUGGAACUGUGAAAGCCAGCAGCUUGUCAAGACAUUUGAAGUCUGUGACCUACCAGUUAGAGCUGCGAAGUUUGUUCCUCGAAAGAAUUGGGUCAUCACUGGUUCUGAUGAUAUGCAAGUCCGAGUGUUCAACUACAACACAUUGGAACGGGUGCACAUGUUCGAGGCUCAUUCCGACUACAUCCGCUCCAUCGUCGUCCACCCAACCCAGCCGUUCAUACUGACGUCCAGUGACGACAUGCUAAUUAAGCUUUGGAACUGGGAAAAGCAAUGGGCAUGCACGCAGGUGUUCGAAGGUCACACCCAUUACGUCAUGCAAAUUGUCAUCAACCCGAAGGAUAACAACACCUUUGCGAGCGCAUCAUUGGACCGAACAGUCAAAGUGUGGCAGCUCGGUUCUGUGACGCCGAACUUCACCCUAGAGGGGCACGAAAAAGGGGUCAACUGCGUUGACUACUACCACGGAGGCGACAAGCCGUACCUCAUCUCUGGGGCCGACGACCGCCUUGUCAAGAUCUGGGAUUACCAGAACAAGACAUGCGUUCAGACACUGGAGGGCCAUGCACAGAACAUCACUGCUGUUUGCUUUCACCCUGAACUUCCCAUCAUCAUGUCCGGCUCUGAAGAUGGCACAGUGCGCAUUUGGCAUGCCAACACCUACCGGCUCGAGAGCACACUCAACUACGGGUUAGAACGAGUCUGGACAAUCUGCUCUCUUCAAGGCUCGAAUAACAUGGCACUGGGUUACGACGAAGGAAGCAUCAUUAUCAAGCUGGGACGGGAAGAGCCGGCCAUGUCCAUGGACAAUUCUGGCAAAAUAAUUUGGGCUAAACACUCUGAGAUUCAGCAGGCUAAUCUUAAGGCCAUGACAGACACAGAGAUCAAGGAUGGAGAACGACUACCCUUGCAAGUCAAGGACAUGGGCAGCUGUGAGAUUUACCCACAGACCAUCUCGCACAACCCAAAUGGACGUUUUGUUGUUGUAUGCGGUGAUGGUGAAUACAUCAUCUACACAGCUAUGGCACUGCGCAACAAGAGUUUUGGCUCAGCACAGGAGUUUGUCUGGGCACUAGACUCUUCUGAAUAUGCUGUGAGAGAGAAUGGGUCCACUGUCAAAAUAUUCAAGAACUUCAAGGAACGCAAGGCCUUCAAGCCAGAGUUCGGUGCUGAGGGCAUUUUCGGUGGCUUUAUGUUGGGUGUCAGAUCAGUAAGUGGACUUGCGUUCUAUGACUGGGAGUCAUUGGAACUUGUUCGUCGCAUCGACAUUCAGCCAAAGCAUGUGUACUGGUCUGAGAAUGGUGAACUUGUGAGUAUUGCCACUGAAGAUUCCUUCUACAUCUUAAAGUACGACCAGGAUGCUGUUGCCAAGGCUCAUGAAGCAAAAGAGGGUGUGACAGAAGAUGGCAUUGAAGAAGCCUUUGAUGUGCUUGGUGAAGUACAAGAAUCUGUGAAGACAGGCCUGUGGGUAGGUGACUGCUUCAUCUACACAAACAGCGUAAACCGGCUGAACUAUUAUGUAGGUGGGGAGAUAGUCACUAUAGCUCACCUAGACCGCACAAUGUAUGUGCUUGGUUACAUCUCAAAAGAAAGUCGCCUUUUCUUGGGGGACAAGGAGCUCAAUGUAGUCUCCUACUCUCUGUUGUUGUCUGUCCUUGAGUACCAAACAGCAGUCAUGCGUCGAGAUUUUGAAACUGCUGACAAAGUCCUUCCCACAAUUCCAAAGGAACAAAGGACUCGGGUAGCUCAUUUUCUGGAGAAACAAGGCUUCAAGGCGCAGGCACUAGCAGUCUCCACUGACCCAGAGCACAGAUUUGAGCUGUGCUUGCAGCUUGGUGAUACUAAGACUGCGCACCAGCUAGCAGUAGAGGCUCAAAGUGAGCAAAAGUGGAAGCAGCUUGCUGAACUGGCCCUUGCACAUGGUGACUUUGCUCUUGCCCAAGAAUGCCUGCACAAUGCCAUGGAUUUUGCUGGUCUGCUUCUCUUAGCCACGUCUGCAAGCAAUGCAGACAUGAUUUCGAAGCUAGCGACCAGUGCCGAGGCAGUUGGCAAGAACAAUGUUGCAUUUCUCGCUAAGUUCUUAUUGGGUGAUGCAGAAAAAGCGUUUGAGGUACUCCUGGCCACAAAGCGGUAUCCAGAGGCUGCCUUCUUUGCAAAAUGUUAUGUGCCUAGCCAGACAUCUCGUGCUGUGAAGUUAUGGAAAGAGGAGCUUGCCAAGGUCAGUGAGAAGUCUGCUCAGGCUCUGGCAGAUCCUGAGGACUAUGAGAACCUUUUCCCAGGGCUUCAAGAUUCCAUCAAGGCUGAGGAGUUUCUGAAGCAGCAGCACCUUGCAGGGAGAAAGCCUGCAACUGAGUUUCCAAAUAUAGUGCCUCAUCAAGACCGCAAUCCUGUGGAAGAGAUGAAAGCAGCUGAACUGGCUGGUACCUUUAUGUACGCUGCACAUGCUGCUGGAGAGGCUUGUCCAUUGCAGCCUACAGUGUGUCCUGGAAAGCUUCCACAGGGAAGUGCUUCUGCUAAGGAGGAGGAGCCAAGUGUCCAGAAUGAGGAAUAUGUGGACUUAGACCAACUUGAACAAGAGCUGGAGCACGACAUUGAGAACUUGGCACUUGAUGAAAAUUUAGAUUAUAAACUUCAGGAAGACCUCCUCAGUGAUGAUUAAGCACCGCCAUACUCAUCACUCGACGCCUUCUGUCCUGUGUUUGUAUUAACCUCUUGGCAUGGUCAUGUAAAUUUACUCUACAAGUGCUAUUCCAAUAAAUGUACUGACAAUGAACAUGUAUUCUUAAUGGAAUAGUGCAUGUAUUUUGCAGGCAGUGAGCCUGCUAAAUGCCUGCAUUGCUCCAAACAAUGAAGCAGUUUACACAGUGUUUUUCAAUGCUGUAUGUUCUGAAACUAUGCAGGGCUACAUGUGUGCUGGACAGUUUUACAGCCCAGUUGCUUCAUUUGUGCUUGCUCUGCAUUUGUUUAGUGUUGUUUAAUGCAUGAGGCUAUGUAUAGUUUCUUUCUCAAAAGUUGUUCCACUUCAGGUUCUCACCUAAUGCACCUACCUGUAGGUGCAGGCACUGUCAUUUCUGCAUUGCUCGUUCAAGCAGCUAAGGUAAGAGCUCAAGUUGAAUGGGGCCUAGAAAACUCCCUACUUUGAAGCACGCUGUAUGUAAUUGCCAACCACGGCUCUAGCUUAGUGGUCAUAAUGUGUUUGCUACUGAUGACAAGGUUCUAUUUCUAGCUUCAGUGACUGCAUUUUGGUGGGGGUGAAAUGAUGCUUUGGGUGCACAUUUAAAUAAACCCAGGUUGCUGAAGUUGAUCUGGAGCCCCUUGCCAUGGCAUCCCAUAGCAAGAGAGUGAAUUUGGGACAUGAAACCCCAUGAUUUAAUUUUUUAACAUUAUUGCCAAGAAAGUAGCCAUCACAACUCCAGACCCCUGAACUGUCCUCACCACAUUUUGCAUUCCAGUACUGGUAUUUGUUAAAGGUGCUUAAAGCAAGAAAGGCAUGGAUGGCACUAUAGCUUACAUGUACAGUCAAAACAUUUGUGUGUGUAAAACAGCACAUGAGAUGCACACAGCUAGCACCAAAUGCAUGGCAAGGCCUGUUCUAAAGCUGAGAUGGAAUACUGGCCUCAUGAGAUACUCCGCUUUAAGGUUGGCAAGAAUUACUGUAGACAAGUGCAUGGAGAACUCUAACAAGCAACACAUAUGCACAUGAAAAUGUUGCAUACAUGUGUCGGUGCCAGAAUUUGGUGUAGUUCCACUACAGCUAUGUGUUUUGUAACAGGUUUUUUUUUUUUUUUUUUUUUUUUUUUUAAGAUUGCAAUGCUAAAGCUUCAGCUAGUUGGUAGUGCAAUGUGAAAGCUUCUUGAAUUGUCGCUUUUGUAAUUGUUAGCAGUGUGCACUAAAGCCCAUCAACUUACCUUAAUUGCAGAUUAUUGUAACAGCAAAAAGGCUCCUUGGAAUUAUGCUUAUGGUGAGAAAACGUUGUGCAGAUGAGUUUUGAACAGGACUUGUUGCAAACAAAGGCAGUUUAUCUAUCAAAAAUUUAGCCCCAUCACCUUUACAAUGUUUGUGUAAUUAUUAUUGUUAUUAAAAGGUUAUUUUCUCUCUAA